AUGUUCACCUUCCGCCCCCAGCCGAACGAGUCGGAGGACAACGGUGGCCGGCCCUUCAUUCGCACCUCGCCCUCCCUCUCCGAACUCUCUGUGCAAGCCAUCCCUUGGCCUAGCAACCUUGUCGACCUGUCCCAGCUGCCCCAGGACACACUCGCGUCUCCCCCUCGCGGUGCUGCCAAGACCUUAUUCAUGGCCGACGCUGCCCACCCCGUUCCAUUCCACAAGGCGUGGUCGUCCCCGGGCAAGGCGACCGAUAGUCCUACAGGGCAUCCAAUCACGCCUUUGUACAUCUCCAGCCCAUCCUCCGCGUUCGAGACUCGCAAGAGUAGCCAUGAUGCAAAUUGUUGCUGGCGCGCAAGAGAUCUGCGAGAGCAAGUACGACAGGCGCUGCUGUCCAUCAUCGACACGCCCGGUCUCGACUUCCGGGAGGGACACGAGCUCAAAUUGGAACGCCAGGUUUCAACGAUAGUGAAGUACCUGGACUUGCAGUUCGCAGACACGCUGACCAAGGUGCAUGGCUAUCUCGGCUCCUCAGUGCAUCGCGUUGCCUCCCCUCCGUCGCGGUGCGACCGCGCCUUGAUGUACCCUCCUGGGAACUGCCAUUCCCUCCAGGAGUCAAAGGUCGUCCAUCAGAGCAAAGGAGACAAGCACAUUCAUUUGUGUAUCUAUAUGAUCAACCCUUCGUCCGUCCUGACCGAGGGUGCGCGUCGCGCCCAGUCCUCUUACCCCACCAAAGUGCACUCCGAGGUGACCGUCUCGUACAAGCCGCCCGACCUCUCGUUCAUGUCGGACGACACCAACUCGGAGGACGAGGAGAACGAGAACGGACUGACGACGUCCACCGCCAACAUCCGCGUCAUGUGUCGCAUUGCAGUGCACGCAAAUGUGCUCCCCGUCAUCGCGCGUGCAGAUUCGCUCAUGGAUGCGAAGCUCGCUGCGGUCAAGAAGGUCGUCCGGCGCGACUUGGCCGCGGACCUUGACUUUGGUGUGUUCGGGCCCAUCGUUGCCGACGAUGCCGCGAAGAGCCCGGCCGACGAGCGUGCCAACGGGAAUUGGAACGGGCAUGGGCACACGCACGGCACCAGCCACGGUAGCCAGCGCAGCGCCGACGACGCGGCUCAAGCCCACAGCGAUAGCAGCCGGCCUGCUGGCGGUACCCCCGAGCCGAGCCAGGAGAACGAGAAGUCUCAGAAGGAGGACACCAAUGAUGCGGACCAGCAGCAACAGCAGCAACAACAACAACAAGAGAACGACAACGGCGAAUGGCCCAUCAUCAAGCUGCGGCCGAUGUGGCUUGCACGGCGGCCCUCGCGGUCGUGGUCGCGCCUGUGGAUAUCGGAGACUAUGCUCGCUGAUGAUCCGCACGCGCUCGAGCUGUCAACGACACGGAGAGCGUCGCGAGCGUGGACUUCUUGGCGCACAUCGUCAUGA